ACCUCCUCCUCCAUCCUGCACGAACAAAUCUAUGCUCUCAACAGCCUUCGCUAAGCUCUGCUUGCCAUCUCCAUCACGACCAUCGACGAAUCACGCGCAACUCUCAUCUACCUUUGACCUACAACGCGCCGCCCGCCUGAGAUUAGACGAAGCUGGCAGCGCGUCACUCUUGACUAGUCGCUCCUUGACCUUGCCACAAUCCCCUGUCCCGAAGCUGCGCAUUCAAGCAGGGCAGCUUUGCACCAGGAAGCCAGACCCCUCGCAAGCAUCGAGCUGCAAGUCGAGGCACGCAAUCGAGAAAGGUCUUGCAGCUUUUUUGAAAGGGAGACAAGAUGGGUGAACGAAAAGUGCUCAACAAGUACUUUCCGCCCGAGUUCGAUCCUUCCAAGAUCCCUCGUCGUCGUCAAGCAGCGGACAGGCAACAAGAAGUGCGUCUCAUGGCUCCCUUUUCCAUGCGAUGCAACACGUGCGGCGAGUACGUGUACAAGGGCAAAAAGUUCAAUGCGAGAAAGGAAAUGGUGAUGGGAGAGACGUAUUACGGCAUCAAGAUUUUCAGAUUCUACAUCAAGUGUCCCACUUGCUCGGCAGAGAUUACCUUUAGGACGGAUCCGCAGAAUACGGAUUACAAGGCGGAGCAUGGAGCCAGUAGGAAUUUCGAACCUUGGAGAGAUGCGCAGGCGGCAGAGAAUGAUCCGGAUAGGGAUCCUUUGGCUCAUCUGAUCGAGGAGGAGGACAAGGAUGAAGAAGCGGAUACGAUGGCUGCGUUGGAACAACGCACGCUGGAUUCCAAGAGGGAAAUGGAGAUUGCGGAUGCGCUGCAAGACAUCCGAACCAGGAAUGCCAGGUUGGACAGGGUGAAUGCGGAUAGCGUGCUAGAUUCUUUGAAAGGCAAACAAAGAAGUAUGGAUCCGGAGGCAGAGGAGCGAAAGAGGGCAGAAGAGGAGGAUGAAAUUUUGGUCAGAAAGUAUUUUAGCAGGGAUUUGGCUGCUGCAGAGUCGAUCGCGAAGGAGGAGCAGGCAGUGAGCAGCGGCUCGAAUGGCGAUGCAGGUACCGCCUCUGAAGACCUGCCUGGUGCAUCUUCCACGACGGGAAGCGCAGCCAAGGUCGUCAAGCGCGCACACCCAGAUGAGCAAGGCGAAGAUGCGGAGCCGGACUACAAGAGCUUGCUAUCCAAGGAACUUCAAGCCCAACUUCAAAACUCCAAGAACGUCAUGCUGGGCAGCAAGGCGGUCAGCUCGUCGUCGUGGGGUGGAAGUGGAGUCAAUGGCAAAUUGGCAAACGGGCUAAGCGUCUCAGCUCCACCAAACAAGCGCAAAAAGAACACUUCGGCCUUUGGCAUCGUUCGCAAGAAGACGUAGCAGAACAGACUCACCCCCGUUGAUCCCACGCUCUCCAAGCCACCAAUACUGUACACUAUCAUCGGCCUCGAGAUCAAUCAGAUUCACGUCAGUCGACUUUUUUCAAACGCA